ACGAAACUCGUGCUCAAAGAAACCGUCUCCUUGCGAACCGGGAACCGCGAGUAGCGAGCUACCGUCGCAGUUCAUUCGGAUCGGCCAGGGGAAGCUCCGGCCUCGGCGGAAGCAACAAGGAGACAGAGGUCGAUCCUCGGCUCAAACCCUAGGAAGCAAAUAUGGAGGAAGAGCUAAUGACGAGGCUGGAGGUAGCCGUGGCGCGGCUGGAGGCGCUUUCCGCCGAGCCACCCUCCCCCGCAGCCUCGUCCAGAAGCAUUUGCCAUGACGCUGCCAUGGAUACGUCCAUCUCAGCGUUCGACGAUCUCGUUUCGGAUUCCUUGGGCCGGGUUUUGGAGGCUGCGGGUAAGAUCGGCGGGGAGGUUCUCGACGCGACGAAAGUAAUGGAGGAGGCAUUCUCGGUGCUUAAGCAGCUCAUUGUCAAGUCCAAGCGCUGCCAGAAUCCAGGUGUUGCUGGUACGGCAGAGUUUUUGAGGCCACUCAAUAAUGUGAUUGCCAAAGCCAAUUCCCUAACCGAAGGGAAACGAUCUGAAUAUUUCAACCAUUUAAAAGCAGUUGCUGAUAGUUUAACAGCUCUGGCUUGGAUAGGUUACACAGGAAAGGACUGUGGCAUGAGAAUGCCAAGUGCACAUUUAGAAGAAAGCUGGCAAAUGGCUGAAUUCUACAGCAAUAAGAUUCUUGUGGAAUAUAAGAAUAAGGAACCAGAACAUAUAAAUUGGGCAAAGUCAAUGAAGGAAUUGUAUUUCCCUGGCUUGUGUGACUAUGUAAAGAACUUCUACCCCCUGGGUCCUGCUUGGGGCAUAGCUGUGUCAACAUUGCCGUCAUCUUCUUCAAGCAUAAAAGCUCCUACAUCAAGCACCCCUGGUGCACCACCACCACCAAAAGCUCCUCUUAUUUCCGCAGAAACUGUACAAUCACGUCCUAGAGGAGGAAUGUCUGCUGUCUUCGAAGAAAUCAAUUCAGGAAAUUCAGUAACUGCAGGCUUGAGAAAAGUUACAGAUGAUAUGAAGACUAAAAACUGUGUUGAUAGAAGUGGUGCAGUAGCCUCAGCUGAAAAAGGUGGUUGUGCCAGUUCUUUUACAAACACCAAAGUGCCCCCCAAGUUGGAGCUCCAAAUGGGACGCAAAUGGGCAGUUGAAAAUCACAUUGGAAAUAAGAACUUGAUUAUUGAAGACUGUGACACAAAGCAGUCUGUAUACAUAUACGGGUGCAAGGAUUCAGUAUUACAAGUCAAAGGAAAAGUGAAUAACAUAACUGUUGAUAAAUGCACUAAAAUGGGGGUCCUGUUCACGGAGGUUGUAGCUGCUUUUGAAAUUGUAAACUGCAAUGGUGUUGAAGUGCAAUGUCAGAGUUGUGCACCAACUAUAUCGAUAGACAAUACUUCUGGCUGCCAAUUAUAUCUGAGCAAUGAUUCACUUGGGGCUUCUAUAACUACUGCUAAGUCAAGUGAUAUUAAUGUGUUGGUCCCAGAUGCAGGUCCUAAUAGUGACUGGGUAGAGCAUCCCUUGCCACAGCAGUUUAUCCACACUUACAAAGAUGGCCAGUUCACAACAUCACCACUCUCUCAUUCUGGAGCUUGAACAUCUUUUACAACAAUUUUUGUUGUUGCCUUUGGAAGCAUUCUAAUUUAGCUGAGAAAUAUUAAGAUUAUAUCGUCUUUGACACCAUUUUAUAGGGUUUAGGUUUAUGUUCCGUCUGCUCCUCCGAUGCUACUUAAACUACAUUGAGUUUUGAAUUGUUACAAAUAACACACAUUCUGCAUUGAUGGUUGAUGAAGGAUAUAUCAUUUUGUUUAUGAUUAUUGUUAAUUUCGCUCCAUUACU